AUGUCCCGGGAGCCGAUUAAUUGGGAUCAAAUCGAGGAGUGGAUCAAAGAUCACCGAAGAAGGCACGACCUCAAACCUAAAGUCUCCCUCGUUCUUCCGAAACAGUUUCGUGUUAUAGAUGUUGAAAGAGACAAGGUGAUUUUAGCACCUGAUCACUGUGAGUUUGUCGCGCUGAGUUAUGUAUGGGGUGAGACAACCAGCGACCUGAUGCUGUGUACCAGCAACGUUCAGCAGCUUGCCGAAGAUUUUUCUAUUUCUAGAAUGGAUAUUCCAGCAACUAUCAAAGAUGCCAUGAUAGCCUGUGAAAUGAUUGGCAAAAGAUAUCUUUGGGUCGAUCGCCUCUGUAUUGUGCAGAAUGAGAGUGAUGAUAUCAAACUGGCUCAGAUAGAGAGAAUGGGUGAUGUCUACUCAUCUGCAUUCUUGACCAUAGUAGGAGCGUGUGGGAACGACGCAAGAAGUGGCCUAGCAGGGAUUGAUGGCAAGCCCCGGACUAGAGCACCCUGGGUCAUCUCUUUGAACAAAACGAUUUUAGUAGAAGAUGUGGAUCAUCCAUUAUAUACAGUCGGAAAUUCCAAAAUGGCACACCAGAGGGUGGACUUUCCAAGAGCUUGUUCUCAGCUCUAG